UCUCUCAGCCCCUCCUUUCCGUCGUGGGGGAAAGGAACAAAACUACAAGUCCCAGAAUCCUCCAGCGCCGGCCUCACUACACCUGCCCGAGGGGAGUCCCGCCUGUUUGUGGCGGCGAGGAGGAGGAGGAGGAGGAGGAGGAGGAGGAGGGACGGAGAUGAGGAUGGAGCGAGGCGAGGCGGCGCCGGCGGGCCCGAAGGCUGCUGCUGCUGCUGCUCCUCCUGCUCCUGCUGCUCCUUCUUAUGGCUGGGAAGGCAGCCCCCCGGGGCCCGGCCCCCGAGGCAAGUGGGUCCGGCUCAACGUCGGCGGCACGGUCUUCUUGACCACCCGGCAGACCCUGUGCCGCGAGCAGAAGUCCUUCCUUUGCCGCCUCUGCCAAGGCGAGGAGCUGCAAUCCGAUCGGGAUGAAACUGGUGCAUACCUCAUUGAUAGGGAUCCCACUUAUUUUGGACCCAUUUUGAAUUUCCUCCGACAUGGGAAAUUAGUGUUGGAUAAAGAUAUGGCUGAGGAAGGGGUUCUGGAGGAAGCUGAAUUCUAUAACAUUGGAUCACUAAUCAGACUGAUAAAGGAUAGACUAGAGGAGAAGGACUAUACAAUAACGCAGGUGCCUCCAAAGCAUGUAUACAGAGUGCUACAGUGUCAGGAAGAGGAACUCACUCAAAUGGUAUCCACAAUGUCUGAUGGAUGGCGAUUUGAACAGCUAGUGAAUAUUGGAUCAUCCUAUAAUUACGGGAAUGAGGAUCAGUCAGAGUUCCUGUGUGUAGUCUCUAAGGAACUCUGUAGUUCACCCAGUGGCCUGUGCUCUGAGCCCAGCCGGAAAGUCAAGAGCACAGAAGAUGAUCUGGAGCAGGAAGAGCAGAACGACCAGGAGCAGCAGCUGCAGGGAGCAGAGCAGGAGGAGGCAGAGGAGUCGGCUGAAGCAGAGGAGGGAAAAGGUGCAGCAAACCUCUAAGGGGAACACUGACAAAAAUAAACCCAUAUCUAAAGCCAUCUAGGGCAUCUCCCUUCUGGAGGAAAGCUGCUAGUGAUGGAGAAGAGAGAAUGGACACCAGAUAGAACACCAGUGGAAGAGGAAAGCAACACUUGGUGGCUAAAGGAUCAUAGGAAGCUGGGGAAGGAACAGGGAGGGUGUUUUUUUUCCCUUUUGAACAAUUGCAGAAUGUAGGUGUAAAUCAAUUUUUAAAAUGUUGAAUAUUACAACAAGUUCAUCUACCCAGGGUUUAGCCAUUGCCUCCCUAACUCCUCCUUCCCUUUGGAUCCAUUCACAUCACUUCUGUUAUUUCCAUUCUGCAUAUUUCCUUAUCUUGGUGAUAUUUAUUUCCUUGCAUGUCACUGUUCUGUGACUUUCAUCUUCUCUUGACCUCCUGCAACUUGUCUUCAAUCCAUCUGGAUUCCUUCUCUCUUCCUCCUCCCCCUCCUCCCAGUAUUCCUCUACAAGCACAGCAUUCAUCUGCAGUGCCUGACCUGUUUAAGUGACACCCAACAUCUGAUUCUGGGGCUCUAUUGGUGGCUCGUAGCAGAGCUUGACGGGGAUACAUUGUUUAGACUACAGCUCUCAGAGCCCUUCAACCGGCACGGUCCCUGGCCAUUUUUGCUGGGGAAGUUUGGGAGAUGUAGCCAAAAGGUCAUUAUCUCAAGCCCUGGAUUAUAGAAUGUGUUUGAGGUCCAUGCAUGUUAUGAAUUUCUCUUGCAUAGUAGUUCUUAUAUUUCUGGGGUAGAAAACUCUGGAGCAGAGAAUUUUGAAAGUAGAUGUAUAGAGGUCAGGCUGUAAAAGUAUAUAGACAGGAGACAUGUACCUGCCUUUUUCUACCAUAUAGUAGGGAUUCUGCAUCCUUUCAUUGAUACUGGACUACAAUUCCCCAGCAUUUGUCCUCAGUGACUAAGCUGGCAAGGGCGGAUGGGAGUUUCAGCUGAAGAGAUACAGUUUCUAUCCCUUUUCUAGUGAGUCAGGUCCUUGAUCUCUUUGACUGUGCACUAGCUUGAUAGGCAACAGCAGCAGCAGUCCCACCCCAUUUCCGUUUCUUGAUUCUUAUCUGUUGGGAGAAGUUGGCAAUUGAACCUAGGAUGUUCUGCAUGCAGAGCAUGUGCUCUUGGGCUCAGCUGUUAUAGCCCUUCCUCAAAUCUAGCAGAUAGUUUCUGAUAUGGUCUAAAAGAAAAAUGAAUGUUCUGUAGUGGAAACCUCCAUAGAUUUCUGCUUGCAACGUGUUGUACAGGUUUGCAUUUAGCUUAACAAGUCUGCGGUUUAGAAUGGUUGCUCAGGGCACACAAGAUGGACUGGGAAAAUGGCACAGUAAGAGGAUGGAUAUCAGGAGUCACUGCAAGGGAUAAGAGAUGGAACAGAGCAUAGUACAGUGGACCCUCUACAUCCACGGAUUCUGUGUCCAUGGAUGAAACUAUUCACAACUUGAAAAUAUUUUUUAAAAUCCAAAAAGCAAAACUUGAUUUUGUCAUUUGAUGUAAGGGGCACCAUUUUACUACACGCUUGUAUAUCAUGGGAUUUGAGCAUCCAUGUAUUUUGGUAUCUACAAGGAUCCUGGGACAAACCCCAGUAUUUCUGAACUGAGUCCCUCCUCCCAUCUCACCUUGGUAUGUCAUCUUCAGCAGGCAUUGCUUAUCACCAUCAAUACUUCUCCCUCCCCUGCCUUGAGGAUUAGAAACUUAAAGCUGGAGUACUCAAGAUGCCUGUUCUUUUUCCAGAGUUCAGUGCUUGGCUGAAACCCAAUCUGGAGUUAGGUGUUCUUAAAACUAUUGAUCAAAACAGAAAGUGAAGUGGUUGCUGUCAGUUUCUCCAAAUGAAAUUUCGUCCUGGAAAGGGCUGGGGAAAAUGAGGCACAGUUCCUGUAUCUUGUAAGAAAAUGCCAAUAUCUGCCUUGAUUUCUAUAUAAUAACAACAUUAUAUCAUGGGAACAGACACUAUCAUUCCACAUCAGACUUUGGAAAUACUACUUUUUUAAUCUGUGAUUCCCAGAAUCUACAGGUUGUGCAGUCUGGGGAAUCUGGGAGUGGUGGUCCAAAAAGUUGCUUUUCUAAGAGUUUCUUGUCCUUAGAAGCAGAUUGGCCUCAAGAACUAGAACUCAGGAAAUAAAAGGGCUUUGUUUUCUGUUACAAAGUGUUUUGAGACACUGUUAAGGCUGUAUUUGAAACACUGUGUUAGUUUCUGCAGCAAAAGAUUGGAGAAUUAGAUCUAAGACAAGGCAGUGGGGAUUUUGGCUCUCCUUAUACAUUGAAGUCCAAGUCCAAGAAUGCCUUGCUAUUAGCAGUUGGGGAUUCUGUUUGCUGACAUACCAAACAAGGAGAAUCAGAGUUUCCCCACUUCUUUUCUAGGGUGAGCUAAGCAACUUGUUUCCAUCCAGAGGAUGUUGGAUUCCAAGUCCUAUUAACCCUAGUUAGCUGAUGGGAGUUGUGGCUCUUCCGAUGUUGAUGGAUUACAUAUUUUCCAGCCCUCUUUUAUUCAGACUAGUUUUGGGCUAAAUAUUACAUAGCUCUGUAGACUACCAGUGCUUUGUACCUGCAUGAUUUUUCCUUUCAUUCUGGCUGUUCUCCCAUCUACCACAUAUGCAUUCUCCUAAUUUGUGCAUUCUUUAUUUGGUGUCCAUCCCUUUCAUUCAGUCCUGCUACUUUUAAGCUGUCACAAACCAGAUGUCUCAGGAUAUUAUGCUGAUAAUGAUCAAUGUCUUUUUUUUAAUGUUAACUUUUAAAUCUUUAUUUUUGUACUGUACUUUGUAAGAAUAAAACACAACCUGGGUGGACAGUUGA